AUUUCAUUGUUGUGUGCCAAACAGCUGAUGGUCUUUGUGAUUGCGAAUUAUUUUUAGAUUUAUAAAAAAUAAAUGAACUUAAGUAAAAAUGGAUGUCGUGGGCCUUUUAAAUAAUAUAAAUGAUAAAUCUGAUAUGUUUGCUGUGAAGACGUGGACAGCGGAAUGGUCAAGUAAUUUUCAAGAGAAUCAAUUACUAUGGUCUUUCUGUGGAUGCCUUCUUGUAUCGCUACUCGCCGUAUUCUUCUAUUAUUAUAAAAGAUGGCGAUUAAAAGAAUUGUCUGGUGGUACUGGCACCAUUGACGCUGCUGGCGAGCCAGCGAAGAGGUUCCGGAAACGAGACAAGAUGCUGUUCUAUGGGCGGCGUAUGCUGAGAAAGGUCAAAUCAAUCUCCAAUUCCGGCCAGGGUCGGAAACGACGUGCUGUUAUGCGCUUUGCAAGGAAACUGUUGCAAUUAAAAAAGGAAUCAGCACCCGAACAACUUAAGGUGUUAGAACCGCCAGCGGAAUAUUUAGAGGAAGAUCUAACGAGUGACGACCGCGUCCCUCCAGACGCUCUCUACAUGUUGCACAGUAUCCGAGUGUUCGGUCACUUUGAGAAGCCAGUGUUUCUCAUGCUGUGCAAACAUACAGAGAUACUUAACCUGCCAGCUGGAGCCUUCCUGUUUAAAGUUGGUGACACGGACGAGAACGUAUACGUGGUGCAGACUGGGCGUGUCAACGUGUAUAUUACUAACGCGGACGGCAGCAGUCUUUCUCUCAAGGUGGUCCGCGCCGGAGAGAGCGUCACUUCAUUGCUCAGUUUUACUGACGUCCUUACGGGACACUCUCAACCUUAUAAAACAGUGAAUGCAAAAGCAUUAGAAGAUUCUCAAGUGAUAAAACUACCAAUGCGAGCUUUCCAAGAAGUUUUUAAAGAGUAUCCUGAUAUAUUUGUCAGAGUUAUACAGAUAAUCAUGGUACGACUUCAACGAGUUACUUUUACAGCACUUCAUCAGUAUUUGGGUCUCAGUGCUGAACUGGUCAAUCCGGGUAAAGACAAACGACGUCCAGGGACAGUGUCCUCCCCUGGCAAGUCCAGUAAAGUGGUACUGGUGGACAGUGGUACCACCAUGCACCCACAAAACACCCACUCCACUCAGUCACCGCAUCACGAACGAGCCGAUCACAUGGAGGGGGGGCACCAGACCUCCUCCCCCAUACACAUCCAGGGCCGGCGUCCCCGCCCCGACAUGCCCGACCUCACCUCUAACACCCCACAGCAGCCGCCCGACGUGCAGCCCACUUUGUCAUACAAAUCGAAAGAGGGAUCCUCAUUUAAAAAACAUAAUACUGACAAUCUAGAUGAACAGGCUUUAAUGCAAAUAGCAAGUGAAGCGUUCGUAAAGGAAUUGGGUCUGGAAAAUGAUAAUUUAGUACGCGGUAAUGUACAAGUACGGGAUCUGCCCGCGGGAACAUAUAUCAUGAAGGAAGAGAGUCAUAAGGAUGUGGCAUUAGUGUACCUCCUAUCGGGGGCGUUGCUAGUGUCGCAGAAGGUGGCAGAAGGCGAAGGGGAGGUGCAUAUGUUUACUGCGUACCCAGGUGAAGUGGAAGGUGGUCUAGCGGUGUUAACAGGAGAGCCGAGUUUCUUCUCGAUUAGAGCCAAACAUUUCUCUCGUAUCGGAUUGUUGUCGAAGACAACCGUGUACAGCAUCAUGCGGGAGCGGCCCUCGGUGGUGCUGCACAUUGCCAAUACUGUCGUCAAGAGAUUGUCACCUUUUGUGAGACAGGUUGACUUCGCCUUGGAUUGGGUAUUCCUGGAGUCAGGUCGUGCGGUGUACCGCCAGGAUGAGGAGUCAGGGUCCACAUUCAUAGUACUGAGUGGUCGCCUCAGAUCUGUAAUCACACAUCCUAAUGGCAAAAAAGAGUUGGUAGGAGAGUACGGGAAAGGAGAUCUGGUGGGAAUUGUGGAGAUGGUGACGCAGACGCGCCGUAGUACCACAGUUAUGGCGGUCCGAGACUCCGAGCUCGCUAAGUUACCUGAAGGUCUCUUUAAUGCUAUCAAGGUGGUGCCUGUAGGGGACGAUGUGCCCCUCACAGCCUUCACUUACGAGUUGUAUCACUCCCUUAGUGCCAUCGGUCCGACUGUAAGAUUGACCUCGGACGUGAUCCGCAAGUUACUGGGUCUCACCAUCAUGGACCCCAACAACGAGUACCGUCUCAGCUCCUGGCUGGCGCAGCAGGAGGACAAACAUAAGGUGGCGCUGUACCAGUGCGACCCCAGCUACUAUCCUAAGUGUUCCAGACUAUGUUCUACUGUGCCAUAUUACAUUGAUCCGUACAGCAAUUUAGGCUACAAACUCUACCAAAACCAUCUAAACUUUCGCAUUUAUUAUAUUAGUGGAAUGGGUAAAGGAAUAUUUUUACAGGAGGCGGGUAUUCCCAUCGAUAUGGUGGGCGGAGUGAGUAUCGGCGCCUUCAUGGGCGCGCUCUGGUGUAUGGAGCGGAAUAUCACCACCGUAACACAGAAGGCCCGCGACUGGUCCCAGAAAAUGACGCAAUGGGGCAAACAGCUGCUAGACCUGACGUACCCCGCGACGUCAAUGUUCUCGGGGCGUCAGUUCAACGCCACCAUCCGCGGCACGUUCGGCGACGUGCACAUCGAGGACCUCUGGCUGCCCUACUUCACCGUCACCACCGACAUCAGCUCCAGCUGCAUGAGGAUACACAGACAUGGUUCUCUGUGGCGAUACAUUCGCGCCUCGAUGUCACUCAGCGGCUACAUGCCGCCGCUGUGCGACCCUGUAGACGGCCACCUCCUAUUGGACGGCGGCUACGUCAAUAAUGUACCAGCUGAUGUAAUGCGAUCUUUGGGCGCAAAGCACAUCUUAGCUAUUGACGUGGGCUCUCAGGACGAUACUGAUCUUACCAACUAUGGAGAUGAUCUCUCCGGCUGGUGGCUGCUGUGGAAAAAAUGGAAUCCAUUCACGACACCUGUGAAAGUGCCCAAUCUGCCAGAUAUACAGAGCAGACUUGCAUACGUCUCCUGCAAUCGACAGUUAGAGGAGGUGAAGAGUUCCGACUACUGUGAGUACAUCCGUCCUCCGAUAGACGCGUACAAAACACUUCAGUUUGGUUCCUUCGACGAGAUACGUGAAGUGGGGUACCGGCACGGCGCCGCGUACUUCGAGGGGCAGCGGCGCGGCGGCGGCGGCGGCGUCAGCGGCGUCGGUGCUGCGCCCCGCGCGCACCUCGCGCACGCCACGAACCCCGCGCACCCCGCGCUCACCGAUUACACGUUCACGGAUCUAGCGCAGAUGGUGUGCUCCGUGCGCACCGCACAGGACGUCGAUAACACCUCCUCCUCCUCCUCAGACUACGAGGAGGAUCAGCGGCACUUCGAGGGUUACGCCUCGGAGCCCAGCGCCGGCAUACUAGAGAUGUCGUCGAGCGUAGAGGAGGGCGCGGCGUGGGCGGGCGGACACAGUGACACGGAAUUGGAGGGUCUCCGCACACGUCGUGUAGGAGGAUCCCUCUCUCUGUCGGAGGACGAGAUCGACUCGGAGGCGGAGGUGUACGACCCCCUCAACAAGCGGGGAGGGAACAGGUGAGACGCGACCUUGCACGACCUGUGCAAGGCCCUGUAUGAGUACGCGCGCGCGGACGCCCUCACAAAGUGACAGCUGACAGUUGACAGCCGUCACGUUCCUUUUUUGAAUGUGACAGAUUGACGUUUGAAAUUCGAUUUUUGACACUUUGACUAGUGUUUUGUUUUUAAUUAGGAGGCCGAAGUUUUUAUUGUUGCCUGCCAGUGAUAGUGUUUAAAAUGUUUAAUAAGGAACCAAAUAAUUGAAUUGUUCUGAUUAGAAAGUUGAUUGUUUUAAAUAAAUUGAAUAUUCGUUUAGUAGAUGUGAUUUCUAUAUGUCUGUGGUAUUUUAUAUGUUUUUGCGUACAUCAAUGUUCGUUUUAAAUAAGUUAUCUUAGAAUUCCAAAGUAUGCUGUGAUUAUUUUGAAAUAAAAAUAAAUGUAGUAUUUAAGUUUUGCUUGCUAUCAGCUGUUUUGCAACUGUCUAGGAUAUGAAAUUAUUAAUAAACUAUAUAUACUUUCGAUUUCGAUUAAUAUAACACUAAUAUCGAUAACUCGAAUAAUAACGAAACGAUAGAUUUUCUUGUAUAGACCUCUCUAUUUCUAUAAUCUCUAGAGAAUUCUUAUAAUAAAAUUAUUUAAGGCGAAAAUAUUUCACAUGGCUUAUUGUAAAAUGUAGUUUUUUCAUAUUCCCUAUAUUACUCUUAGCACAAACUUAAAAUAUUAGAUUCGUCAUAUAUUUUUAACUUGAAAUAUUUUCCGGCUUUUCAGCUGUAUAGAAAUUUUAUUUUUUAUUCUAAUUUUGACUAUAAACUAUAGUUUGCCAGUGUUCUUUAACUAAUAUUAUACGAAUAUUUUUAAGUCUUAUUUUAAAAAGGUUUAAAAGUCUGCCAGUUCCUAGGGAGUUCCCACCGACUGUGUCAUGAUUUUGAAUUUUAAUUAUCGUUUUUUAAUUUGUUCUUCUAUGAUAUUCGUGUUUUAUUAGAUUCUCUAAUAUUAUCUGUAAAAUUGUAAUAACACCACACUAGUAACUUUUAGUAACAAGUAAUUAAUGAACAUUAACACCCUUACAAAUAAACGGUAUAAAGUUAAAUCUAUACUUCUAUACUAUUAUAAUAAAGCGUAAACACACACUUUUUUG